AUUCCACUCCCUUUCGCCCUCCACCAUUCGCUUCUCCGGACGUGUCCUCCGGCGUUGAACAAUAUUUGGAGGGUCUUGGAUUUGCGGUCAUCCACGAAUUCAAACCUCGCCCACGACAAGGGUUUAGGACGUUAACGACACGCCUUUUCCUCCAUCACGCCUCUCGCGAUACGUCGAAUUAGCUCCACCACCGUUCGAGAACUUUUUGACCCUGCGAUAAUACGAACCUUUAAUCGCAAUAAUGGACGUCGCUCCGUCCCCACUUUCGCCAGAAGAUGCCGUGCGCACGUCUACCAAAAGAACCGUUGAAUUGUUCGGCUCCGACUACCUCAUGGUCACGCCCUCGACAGGAAACGGCUCAAUCGGAGUUUCGUACCGCCGCAAAGCCGAAUACCAAGAUGUGAAGGAACUCCCACCAGCUCUCGCCGAGAAGCAAGCCAAGGCUGUCGCCGUCGGGCGCGCAAAGCGACCGAAGACACAGAUGCAGGCGCAAGCACCUGUGGAUGGCAGCGGUGCUUCCAUGUCCCUGGUGAAGAGAGCCCCCGGUCCCCAGGCCGGUGGUGUCGGUGGCGAGAACGAACCCAAGAGUUUGAUUCAGCGACCCUCCGCGACGCGACAGCAGAGACCCGACUGGCACGCGCCGUGGAAGCUGAUGCGUGUGAUUUCGGGACACUUGGGAUGGGUGCGGAGUUUGGCCGUGGAGCCGAAUAAUGAGUGGUUUGCUAGUGGUGCCGGUGACCGGACGAUUAAGAUCUGGAACCUUGCGACGGGCGCCUUGCGCUUGACGCUGACGGGUCACAUCUCGACGGUGCGUGGCCUCGCGGUGUCGCCUCGUCAUCCGUAUCUCUUUUCCUGUGGUGAGGAUAAAAUGGUCAAGUGCUGGGAUUUGGAAACGAACAAGGUCAUCCGUCACUACCACGGCCAUCUGAGCGGCGUGUACACGCUUGGUCUCCACCCCCGUCUCGAUCUCCUGGUCACCGGUGGUCGUGAUGGUGCCGUCCGAGUCUGGGACAUGCGAACCCGAAGCAACGUGCACGUCCUGACCGGCCACAAGGGCACCAUCGCCGAUGUGAAAUGCCAGGAAGCCGACCCCCAGAUCAUCUCCGGCUCGCUAGACGCCACCGUCCGGCUGUGGGAUCUCGCCGCCGGCAAGUCCAUGGGUGUGCUCACCCACCACAAGAAGGGCGUGCGCAACAUCGUCACCCACCCCCGGGAAUUCACCUUCGCCAGUGCCAGCACCGGCAGCAUCAAGCAAUGGAAGUGCCCCGAGGGCGACUUCAUGCAGAACUUCGACGGCCACAACGCCGUCAUCAACUCCCUCGCCGUCAACGAAGACAACGUCCUCUUCUCCGGCGGUGACAACGGCUCCAUGUCCUUCUGGGACUGGAAGACCGGCUACCGCUUCCAGAACAUCGACACCGCUGCCCAACCCGGUUCCCUCGACGCCGAAGCCGGCAUCAUGGCCUCGACCUUCGACCGCACCGGCCUGCGUCUGAUCACCGGUGAGGCCGAUAAGACCAUCAAGGUCUGGAAGCAGGAUGAGGAGGCCACACCCGAAUCGCAUCCCGUUACGUGGGCGCCUACCCUGGGUCGUCAGAGAUAUUAGAUCCUUUUCCCUCACCUUUUUUAUACCCCCGUGCUAUCCUGGAAAGAUUGAACACUUUCGAGAUCCAGAAAUCACCACCUAUCUACCCUUACCUGCUCCGUAUCCAUCUAUCUACCUGUCCAAAUAUCUACAUGUCCUGCGCACUCUUAUGGCGUUCAGCGUUUUUGAUGUCUAUUUACUUAAAUCUGGAAUUGGGGAGGGUUCGCAAAAGGAAUUGAGUGACUUGUUUUUAAUUCAAACUUCAAC